GAGGAGAGCUAACCAGUUAGCUAGUCAGUUUCCAAUGUUGGACGCCGAGCCCGAGACUGCCUUGAGCCCAGUAAAGGUGCCUCCUGAAGAACUACCAUGUCUGGGAAUAGUACAUUUUCUGCAGAAGAUAGCGGCAGCUAUAAACCCCACGCCUCCAAUCUCCGCAGGGCAGGGAAGAAAUGCUGUGAGUUCUGCGUGGGCUUCCUAUAUGACCAACUCCCCAACACUCAUUGUUAUGAUUGGCUUGCCAGCCCGGGGUAAAACUUAUGUGUCCAAGAAGCUGACACGCUACCUCAACUGGAUUGGAGUACCCACCAAAGUGUUUAACCUUGGGGUGUAUCGACGUGAAGCAGUCAGGUCCUAUCAGUCUUAUGACUUUUUUCGACAUGACAACGAAGAGGCUAUGAAGAUCCGCAAACAGUGUGCCCUGGUGGCACUGGAAGAUGUUAAGGCCUAUUUUACUGAAGAGAGUGGGCAGAUCGCGGUGUUUGAUGCCACCAAUACCACUCGGGAGAGGAGGGACAUGAUUUUGAACUUUGCCAAGCAGAAUGCCUUCAAGGUAUUCUUUGUGGAAUCUGUCUGUGAUGAUCCUGAUGUCAUUGCUGCCAAUAUUCUGGAGGUAAAAGUGUCAAGCCCUGACUACCCUGAAAGGAAUAGGGAGAAUGUGAUGGAGGACUUCCUGAAGAGAAUUGAGUGCUACAAGGUCACUUACCAGCCCCUUGACCCAGACAACUAUGAUAAGGAUCUUUCUUUCAUAAAGGUGAUAAAUGUAGGCCAGAGAUUUCUGGUCAACAGAGUUCAGGACUACAUCCAGAGUAAGAUUGUCUACUACCUGAUGAAUAUCCAUGUCCAUCCUCGUACCAUCUACCUUUGCCGGCAUGGAGAGAGCGAGUUCAACCUUUUGGGAAAGAUUGGAGGUGACUCUGGCCUUUCAUUGCGAGGAAAGCAGUUUGCUCAGGCUCUGAAGAAGUUUCUGGAGGAACAGGAGAUCCAGGACCUCAAAGUGUGGACGAGCCAGUUGAAGAGGACAAUUCAGACAGCUGAGUGUCUUGGGGUGACCUAUGAGCAGUGGAAGAUCCUCAAUGAGAUUGAUGCUGGCGUGUGUGAGGAGAUGACAUAUUCAGAGAUUGAGCAACAGUAUCCAGAAGAAUUUGCACUUCGAGAUCAGGAGAAGUAUCUGUAUCGAUAUCCUGGUGGGGAGUCCUACCAGGACCUGGUGCAGCGGCUGGAGCCUGUCAUCAUGGAGCUGGAGCGGCAAGGCAACAUCCUCGUCAUCUCUCACCAGGCUGUCAUGCGCUGCCUCCUGGCCUACUUCUUGGAUAAAGGCGCAGAUGAGUUACCAUACUUGAAGUGCCCCCUCCACAUCAUCUUCAAACUUACUCCUGUGGCCUAUGGUUGCAAAGUGGAAACAAUUACACUGAAUGUGGAUGCUGUAGAUACACACCGUGACAAGCCAACUCACAACUUCCCCAAGAGCCAAACCCCUGUAAGGAUGAGAAGGAACAGCUUUACGCCUCUGUCCAGUUCGAACACAAUAAGGCGUCCAAGAAAUUACAGUGUUGGGAGCCGACCCCUCAAGCCCCUCAGCCCUCUCCGUGCCCUGGACAUGCAAGAAGGGGCGGACCAGCCGAAGACCCAACCAGGUCCAGCAAGGGUCAGCCCAGGCUACAGAACAUCCACAGAAAGCCCUGGAGUUUGCAAAUGGACAUAGGGUGAGAGCUCUUGCCUCUUUUCAUCAGAAACAGUCGUGAGUUUUUGCUGCCCUGGGGAGCUAGCUCUAAGAAUAUGGAUAUGUCUUGGUUUGUGUUCCUAACUUGAAGAGCUGGAUAGUCCUGUGCUGGCUGUGAAAUGGGGCUGGGGCUGGGGUGAAGUCUAGUUCUUAUAAAUUUACAGUUCAGGAUUUUUGUCCUGUGGCUCUCAUUUUCCUUGCCAUUCCAGUAACUUUCCUGCAGCCCAUGACCUCUGGGGCUGUUUAAAAGCACCAUUAAGCCCUGAAUUUCUCCAGGCAACAGUGAGGGUCUUCAGUAAGUUCAGUAAAGCUGAUCAUUGUUUAUCAGUACUUCUUGUAAUAAUUUCCUAAAGCUAAGUUUUUAUAUGAAAAGUUAUUCUUUGGUUAUGAAAAAAGGUUUGAUGAUGAAUAUAUAACCUGUAUUAUUGGGGGCAUUUUGUUUAUAUAAGAAAAUAUUACAAUAUUCCAAGAAGUCUUCUGGGGGUUGGCUCUUGAAAGUUUAUUUGUAUCUAUUUCUUGCUUAAAGGGGAGUCUCCAUAUUGGCCCAGGGCCUUGUGUUUGCUAAGCGAGCACCCUGCUGCUGAGGCCAGUCCCAGUCCACUCUGGUACAUGUAGCACCCUGCUGCUGAGGCCAGUACCAGUCCACUCUGGUACAUGGUUUGAAGGGACAAAUUUAAAGGGCUCAUGAGGUUUUUCAGAAGAGACAGGUGAUUCCCUACCUCUCAGUUUGUCAUGUAGGGUCGUGUUAUGAGAGAAAGGUAGCAAUUUUCUUUGUUUUGUCUUGUGAUAGAAAGUUUUUUGCAUGGUUCUUAUCCAGAAACAUUUCUUAGACUGUGCUGUAGAAUUUUUGAAAAAAAAUUAUAUAUAUAUAUAUAUAUAUGCACACACACAAACACACACACACCUUGGUUCCCUUGAGACAGACUGAGUACUGCUUCCAAACUCUCUGGGAUUGGAAUCUUGAUAUUUGGGUGUUUAAAUGACUUCCUGAAGAGUUAGUCCCAGGUUAAGAAGGCCACUUGAGGAGCUGGAGCAAUAGCUCAGUUAUAACAGCACAUGCUGCUCUUCUAGAGGUCCAGAGCUUGGUCCCUGGCAUUCCUAUUGAGUGGCUUACAGUAACCUAUAGCUCCAGCUCUGGGGCAUCUGAUGUCUUCUUCUGGGCUCCCCAGGUACUUUUAACAUAUAUAGCUCAUAUAUACACAUAGACACGUAAAUAAACAUAAAUAAUACUAAAACUAAAUCUUUUUUUUUCAGUCCUACUUUAUGAAACUGAAUAGAAAAAUAACCAGUCUGUUGGUAUGUUAGACAAAGGAGCAGAAGUUGGAGCUGAAAAGCAGUAGCUUCCUUCCACGUCCUUCAGCUUCUAGAGCAAGGUCCUUCAGAGUAGCUGAGCAGGAGCAGCAGGGAGACACAGAGUGGAAAGUACUCUUACUCCAGAGUUUAGGGAAGUUCCACUUUCAUCUUUUUUUUCCCUUUGCCCUUGUUACUUACUACUGGGAGGUUUGCCUGGCUCUGCUUAUGUCUAUGUAUCACAAACCCCACAAAGAGAAUAUGACUUCUAGAGUACCUGGAGGUGAAGCUUUCAGUUUUCUCAUGGGGAAAAUAGGUGAAGACUUGAAUCUACCUGUAUAAAACAGGGAAAAGAAAAUAAUUGUUUAUUUAUUUAUUUAUUUUUGUUUUUAAACUCAAAACAGAAUGGGAGAUAAAAUCCUGAAAAAUGGUGGGAGGGGUCCUGGAGAUAUAGUUCAGUGGUAGAGUACUUGCCUAGCCUAUAGGAGGCCCCGAGUUCCAUCCCCAGUACUCGGGAAACAAACACAAAACACAAAACAAUACUGAAUGAGAAAGUCAGGGAAUGGACUUGAAAGAGCAACUGAAAGGAGAUUUAGAGAACCAGUACUGUUCUGCCUUGUUCCCAAACUAGAAUUUAGCAUUUACCGAUCACUGGGGUAUGGCUUCUUCUCUUAGUAAAUGAAUCAUUUUAUCAUUCUUAGACAUGCGUUAUGCUGUGUGCUUGCCAUUAUUUCUGGUUCCUAAGAAGACAGAGUUAGGGAUACAGCACGCUUCUGGUCCUAGACCAAAUGGUUGAACAUUUCAGACAAGGAUCUAUGUAAUCCUUGUAGAAGUUGGUAGUUGAUCUCCACACACGUCAUUUAAGAAAACAAACAGUAUAAUUGUUAGGGAAUAAAUCUGCCUGAUGGUUCUUGUGGGGACAGGUGUGAUGUAAGUUCCUGAGGAGCUCAGAGCGUGGUGUGGCCAGUGGACCGGAGAACAUGCCAGGUAGUUGAGGUGGCUCUGAGCGAUGAGGUUACCUUCCACUGCCUUGCCAUCUCAGAAGAACGUUGUGUUGCAGUCAAAAGUUUCAGUAAAUCACCCAGCUUUCCUUGACUGAUUUGUUUGUGUAAAGGCAUUUUUAAAUUUUAAAAGUACCUAACAGUUAAGCAGGACUGCUAUGCAGGAGCUUGGCCCCUCCCUAGAGGUGACACACAUCAGAAGUGUGCCUAAGAAUUUAGUUUUGUAGUGUCUAGAAGACUAAUGGUCUUUUGCCGAUAGUCCAUCCUUUCUCAUUGUGCUGACUGGUAGGAUAUGCAUAUUAUUAUAUUUCCUUGCCUAGUGUUCCUGCAAGAAGCUGAACGUUUUUUGUUUCCUUUAUGGAAAAGUUUCUAUACACCAUGGCUUUUCACAGGUAAUAUUGUAAAAUAGUGACCCACCUUCUCAUUUUUCAAAAGAUGAUGUUGUAAAUUGCUUGUGUGGCAUUUUGUGAUCCUAGCUAAGGUGAUGCCAGAGCGUUGUGACUUUGCUUGAAGUCAUUUCAUCCAGUCUCCUGCUUCAGGAUAGAACUUUUACUAUCUGUUCCUGAACCUUCUGUACCCUCACCCUUUCCUGUUGUGGGCUGUAAUAUGCUCACUGAGAGGGCUGCUGUUUUUAAUCUGCUGUGUGUUUAGCCUUUACUCUUAAUCUUAUACAAAGGGAAAUAUGAUCCCAGGAGUGGGUCAGAGUAUUCCUUCCCAUGAGCCUUUCACUGGGUGUGUAACUAAUAUGCAUAUGACUCGGUUUAAAAACACUCUGAAUUGUGUAUAGUUUUUUGUUGUUGAAGCACCAAAGUCAACUUACUCAGAUGUGGUUUUCCUGUGGCAAAUGCAAAGGGCUUCCUUCUGACAAGUGGCGUGUGAUGUAGAAGAUGCUGGACAUUCCUUGUUUGGAUGGAAAUGGGCAGAACUGGGAGGCCCAGGAACAGUUUUAUUGCAGAUUUCUUAGGCACAGCUCUGCUGAAAGUGAAGAUGUUAAUCCUUAGUAGCAUUCUGAUUUAUUCUCGUGAUAUUGAUAAUGAAAUAUUGCAUCAGGUCCAUUUAAAGUGCAUAUAAUUGUACUUGAACUGUGUUUUAUGUGCAUGUCCGUAUAGAACGGGUUAAUAAAAUUGCUGAGUAACUUGAACUUA